AUGGCAAGCAAGUCCUUCCAGCGCUCUCUGAAUCUAGCUUAUCUUCUUCAGGAAAGAAAGCUUGAGACCCUGCCAUUAGUAUGGGUAAACACCGACGAGAAAACGACCGCGGAGAACAUCGUCAAGGGCGAUGUCAAAUUGGUUGUGGUUCCAUUUGGCUGGGUCAGGCCUUACUUGUCAGCCAAGGACAAGCAGAGUAGCGGUGAUGAUUGA